AAUCCAUAAAUAAAACUACUUUCAAUUGAUAAUUCAUGUUUCUUGUACACGUUUUCUGUACACGUCAUUGUACACAUCAACCCAAUUGUCUAAGCACAAAAAAAAACCCUUUCAUUUUGUGAAGAGAUUGAUUUUCCACCGAUAAAUUUGUUGUUGUGAAAAAUUAUCGAUUCCAAAAAUAAUUCAUUCAUAAAACAAAAUGAAAUUGUCUGUGCUCCAAAAACUUGAUCGACGGAUAAAAUGAUGUGCACAAAAAACAUGUAUCCCUAUUCGCAACCCUCUUUGUGUGAUAUAACCCCGAGUUCUUGGAAGGUGAGGCACGCCCUUUUCGUUGCCGUGGCGGCAAUACAAAGCCGGCGAAGGUGCGCCAUUUCUUGUUCACUUCAAGCUGAGAUUUUGCGUCAUAUAUCAAUUCAAAGUUUUUUUCUAAAGAAAUAUCACAUCAAAGUUAAUAAUGGCUAUGUGGACAAAAGAAGUUCGAAUUUGGCUAUCAGGAGCUGCCUUGACCGGAUAAUAACUGCCUUGACCGGAUAAUAAAAGCUUUCCAGUUCAGGGAUUAACUACCAUCUGAUUUAGGAAGCUUUCUCUACUCUCUGAAAUCUUAUGCUACUGGAAAUGUUGGCAUACGAAGAUUUGCAUACGCACGAUGCUGAGCUGGACCCAAAGUCUCCUGGAUCUGAAAGGAUGUAAAAUUCUAUAUAAUCGAAAGCUUGGGAGAGGAAUAAGAAUCAGAAUUGUUUUCGAUUAAAUUGUUUCCUUUUGUUCUAUACUACCAGUCAAUAUCAUGGCUUCACGUUUCGCUAGGAGACAGGCCUCUGGGUUUUUGGGACCUCUUCUUUCUUCAUCUUUGCCUCGUCUCUGCACCAGGAAUGGUGUUUCAGGGAACACGAGAACCUCGCCUAUCCUCACCCAAUUCGUCGAUUCAAACUCAGUCAAGUCUCCUCCCUCUUCACCCAUCCAAAAACUCAGUUUCCCAGAUUCCUUUACUUACAGAUUUUGCGCCAAAUUUAGCUCUCAUCUCCCCACCCUACCCCGCCGGAACCCUAGCAGUAUACACCAAAAAUUUCUUCUUAAACCCAAACGAUCGGAUCUCAGUGGACUGUCUCUGUUAACGAACAACCAAAGGGCCGUAUUCUCAAGUUCUUCAGAGCAGGCUGAGCUGCCAAGCGGCGGCGGCGGAAAAACUCUAAGCGGCGAUGAGACAAAGCGCGUGGAGAUCUAUGAACCCAGAUUCGACCGAAGCGAAUCCGCGCAGGCCAAUGAAACCCGAGACGCAAUUUGUAUCAGAAUGGCAAUUUGUUGUUGUCUCGUUGCGCUGGUUUUAAUUACUUGGUUGCACUACCCUUUAAGGAUUUUAUAUGUUAUUCCUGCUGUUGUCGCAAAACAAGGGAAUUUUGUAGCACCUACAAAAGUUGCACCACCUACAUUUGAUGAUUGCAUCAAUAAACUCAAAAUGCUUGGAUGGGAAGAAGAUGAGCCAUUAUAUAGGGUUGCACUUGCAAUUCUUUGUGACCCAAAUGACCUUUACCGGGAAGCUUGGAUGAAAAUCGACCCAGAACAUCUCCAAAACUGGGUCGAAAUGAUUGGAAAAAAGUUAGGAUUCAUGUAAUGUUUUCAUAUGUGGUGUUUGUGUUUACAUGUUAUGUUUAGACAUUAGGAUGAUUAUUAUGUGUUAUUUGUGAAUCUUAUAGGGAGUAAUGUUUUCUGUGAUAUCUAAAAGAACAUCUAAUGUUUUUUUUUUGUAAGGUCAAUGCAGAUCUGCAAGAGCAACUUAUAUUCUUAAUACAUAGUAGUUUAUAUCA